AUGGAAGGUCGGUCCGUAGUAGUGUCUGAAGAUGGUACCGAGAACGAGGUUGUCCGAAUAGGAUGCAAGUUCGGUUACCCAUCGGACUUGUUGGAGCUCGGCGAGGAAAUCGGCAGCGGCGCCGCUGCGAAGGUCUACGUUUGCCGACGGCUUAGGACUGGCGAAGAGCUUGCCGUCAAGGUAAUCAACCUGGCCAAGCUAAUGCUCAUGGGUGACUACGGGAGCCGCAUCACAGAGUCGGCCGCUUUGCCGAUGGCAGCCGCCGAAGAGGAGCAGCAAAGCGGGAACGUGGUGCUGUACGUUGUUGUGGGCAUCUACAUCGCCCUGCUGAUCUGCAUUGCGAAAGUCGCGCAUGCAAGGAAGCAGAGGGAUUCGGCCGCUCUCGGCAAGGUGAAGGCUCACUUCAGCGGCUCUUAUGGUUCUUUCGUUCUGAUGCUGACUACCUUCUCUACGGUGUACUCUGGCUUCACGGUCACGGGCAUUCCAGAUGAGGCCUUUGCCAAGGGCUUCGUGUCCCUGAGAUGGAUCGGCGCGACCUUGGUGAUUGUCGCCGGGAUGCUGCUUCUCUAUCCCAGGCUCCGAAGGUUGGCCGUGGAGCGCAGCUAUACCAGCCCCUUCGAUUUCAUCUCUGAUCGCUUCGGCACCAAGCGCUUGAGAGUCCUUUGCGCCAUUUGUGGAGUGAUUCCCAUGACUCUGUACAUCACUGCUCAAAUGAUUUCCUUUGCGGCGAUGGUGGAGGGAAUGACCUUGGGGGUCUUGCCGAAGUGGGUUUGCAUGCUGAUUUUCGCUGCUAUGAUACUCAUCUUAGAGACUUUGGGUGGCAUGAACAGUGUGGUGUUCACCGAUGUGGUGCAAAGCAUUGUCAUGAUUGCUGCCUUUCUGACCGUUCCUUUUUUAGUGGGAGCUGAGUGGGGCUUCCUGCCGCAGAUGGCCCCUGCCGAUUGCCCCUACUUGGUGCAUGUGUCGCCCUUCAUGCCAGACCCCUACGAAGCGCCGGAGACGGAUUGUGUUGGGCCAGGCUGCCUCACCGCGGGCUGCAUUGAUGCCGUGAAGCCAGAGUUUUAUGAUUUCCCAGAAAGGUCAACCCUCUGCAGCAUCUUGUUUUUCCUCGUUAACAUGCUUGCGGCUCCGGUUCAACCCCACAUGCUCCAGCGAGCCUACAUCGCGCGCAGCGAUUUCGACUUGCGCAUCGUCAUUGGAGCCAUGCUCCUCGCGCCAUUUAUUGCCCAGCCCCCUGGCAUUGUGAUAGGCCUUACGAAAGCAGCCAACGAUCCCGCGUGGCCAGCCAUCGAGCAAAAAGCCACAGCCUUCUCUGGGCUAACAGCUCAGCUGAGACUUCUGGGCCCUUUUCAAUACUUCUUGGUUUCGGUGAUGACCUGCUCUGCACUCGCAGCCAUCAUGUCCACUGCUGAUUCUGCCCUGAUGGGUGUAUCCAGUGUCGUGUCGAUCGACAUACUGCAGGGAGCUCUAGUGCCCUCAAUGUCUACUGAGACCGUGGUACGAGUUGGACUGGUCAGCUCAGUAUUCACCUGCGCGGUGGCAUUUUUUAUGGGUACCUACCUGAGCAGUGACCAAAUGGGCGCCAUCAUCGUCUUCCAGAACGGCAUGCUGCUGCAGCUGCUCCCGGCAUUUGGGAUGGGCCUGUACAUGUCAGUGACUGAGCGGGCACUAAGCGCUGGGAUCCUCGUAGGCCUCCUGUCCCUGAUCCUACUCGUGAUCUUCGGGAACCCUUUCGACGAGUAUGUGCCUGACAUCAAUGUGUCCGCCUUCCUGAACUUCCUGACUGUCGGCCUGGAUAGCCUGGUGGACAUUGUUCUUCCCAGCUCGCGGCGGAAGCAGUUGCUCGAACUCAGCCAAAUCCAGGAUGUCAUGGCCACAUCCAAAGAACCGAGCCUCGUCCUGAUCCUUCUUAUGUUUCUCAUAGCUUUGGUUUCAGCGCCAUGGUACGGCACGCCAGGAGUGCAGGAGCCCAUGUUCUUGGGCAUUCCACGCUGGGGUUGUAUUCAGCUUGCUUCAUUUGUGCUAGUCUUUGGAAUUGGUGUUGCUGCAGUUGCUAUGUGGCGACCGCCUUCCGGAGCUAAGCCAGAGCAAAGCCCUUGUGCAGUUGAUGGUGUGGUAGCAACUUCUCACACCGAAACCCAUGUGCCUGAGCCAGUGACGGGCCUCAGCGGAGUGGAAACCAUGGAAUUCCGCAAGUGA